AUGCGCCACCACCCGUUGUUGCCCUCGCUGCUUCUGCUGCUAGUCUGCGCCGCGCACCUUGUUGGACCCCUUCCUCGACUAUGUGAUGUGCUCCAGGUACUGUGGGCAGAGCGAGACCAGUGCCUGCAAGAUCUCUCCAGGGAGUGGACAGAAGACCUGCGCAAGGAGCAGCCAACACCAGGCUGUGAGGGACUGUGGGACAACAUGAGUUGCUGGCCCUCCACCACACCAGGCCAGACCGUGGAAGUGGAUUGUCCGCGAUUCCUCCAGAUGCUCACAGGCAGAAAUGGUUCCAUAUUUCGAAACUGUACACAAGACGGCUGGUCUGAAACCUUCCCCAAGCCCGACGUGGCCUGUGGGGUUAACGUGAAUGACUUGUCCAAUGAGAAGCGGCACACAUACCUGCUGAAGCUGAAAGUCAUGUACACCGUGGGCUACAGCUCCUCCCUGGUGAUGCUCCUGGUUGCCCUCAGCAUCCUCUGUGCUUUCCGGAGGCUUCACUGCACCCGCAACUAUAUCCACAUGCAUCUGUUUGUGUCCUUCAUUCUGCGUGCCAUCUCCAACUUCAUCAAGGAUGCUGUGCUCUUCUCCUCGGAUGAUGUCACCUACUGUGAUGCCCACAGGGUGGGCUGCAAGCUUGUCAUGGUCUUCUUCCAGUACUGCAUCGUGGCAAAUUACACCUGGUUGCUAGUAGAAGGCCUCUACCUCCACACACUCCUGGUUAUCUCCUUCUUCUCUGAGAGGAAGUGCCUCCAGGGAUUUGUUGCCCUUGGAUGGGGUUCCCCAGCUAUCUUUGUUACUUCGUGGGCUAUCACCAGGCACUUUCUGGAAGAUGUUGGGUGCUGGGACAUCAAUGCCAAUGCAUCUGUCUGGUGGGUCAUCCGAGGUCCUGUGAUCCUCACUAUCCUGAUUAAUUUCAUCCUUUUUAUAAACAUUCUAAGAAUCCUGAUGAAAAAACUUAGAACCCAGGAAACAAGAGGAAAUGAAGUGCACCAUUACAAGCGGCUGGCCAAGUCCACCCUGCUGCUGAUCCCCCUCUUUGGAGUCCACUACAUCAUCUUUGCCUUCUCCCCAGAGGAUGCCAUGGAGAUCCAGCUGUUUUUUGAAUUGGCCCUUGGCUCCUUCCAGGGCCUGGUGGUGGCCAUCCUCUACUGCUUCCUCAAUGGGGAGGUGCAGCUGGAGGUUCAGAAGAAGUGGCAGCAGUGGCACCUCCGUGAGUUCCCCCUGCGCCCCAUGAUGCCCAGCUCCUCCUUCAGCAAUGGCACUAGUGCCCUCACCCACAGCACGAAGGCUAGCCCCUCAGAGCAAAGCUGGGGCACCUGCUGA